AUGUACGCCGGGGAUCUCACUACCCAGGCCUCGUCGGCAGGAUUGACAGAGGAUGUAUUCCUGGUGAAUUCAGCCUCCAGCGUUCCCACGCAAUCCGCAUCGCGAUAUCACCCUUAUAGUACAGAUAGUGAGACCGAAGCGUACGAAGUCCGCCUGCAAGCUUGGAGCUGUACAUGUCCUACGUUCACCUUGGCUGCAUUUCGUGGGUCAUUGUCACCCGCACCUGAAUUGACCUCCUUAUCUACAAUCGCUACUGCUUCUGCUAUCGAUUUAUUGCCACGCCCGGAGCAUGCAAUCUCCCAUGGUUCUUACCCAUUCGGAGGAACGUUGGCACGCGGAUCGGUCCGGUCAUCGCCCCCCGUUUGCAAGCACCUCCUUGCGAGUUGGCUGGCUGUUCGCUGUCCCAAUCUAUUGGGUAAAGGGAAUAACGGCUUCGUCCGUGUCAGCGCGGAGGAGUUGGCAGGCUGGUGUGCGGGUUGGGGCGGAUGA